UCUCUUCAGAUGUAAAUCUCCUAUUUCAGCUUUGUAUAUCUUACACUCAACAAGUUCAUGUGCGAUCGAUCUGCAGACUCUCUCUCGCCGGCCAUGAAGACCCCUCAUCUCCCUGAAGAAAUCAUAAAGGAGAUCCUUCUUUACCUGCCCGUGAAAUCUCUGUUACGUUUCAAGUCUGUGUCCAAGUCAUGGCUCUCUCUCAUCUCCGAUCCCUCCUUCGCAAAUCUCCACUUUCAACUUUCUUCCCAACAAAACACCCAUAAUCGAGUCCUUCUCACAAUCGGUUCGCUGCAAUCCAUAGAUAUCAACUUACCCCUUCAUGAUGAUUCUGCUGUUCAAGAUCUUGAUCCUCGUCCCUUCCUCAAACCACAUGGUGCCACCAUGAUAACAUGUUCUUGCCGUGGAUUUGUUCUUCUAGCUCCUAAAGACGAAGACAAGAUUUUUCUGUUGAAUCCAACAACACCAAAACAGUCCUGCAAAGAAAUCUCUCUGCAACAUCUGCGAUUCAACAUGAUUGCUGCAUAUGGCUUUUGUUACGAUGAGUCCACUGAUGACUACCUUGUUGUGCUUGUAUCAUGUAUAACAGCGGUUCAUCAAUUUCCACAUGGCUAUUUUCCUAUAGUCUUUGAUGUCUUCUCUGUGAGAACCAAUUCAUGGUUAAGACUUACUCACAUUCCCUUACUUGUCAUCGAAGCACCGGCCGUCCCGAUCGUCGGUUCUGUCUCGAAUGGCGCUAUACAUUGGUUGAUUUGGCCGCGACGAGGAGCCCAAAUUGUUGGAGCAGGUAUUGUUACAUUUGAUAUCAGAACAAGGACUCUACGAAGAUGCAUAGAUAUCCCAAAUUCUAUUAACUCGAAAAGGGAUCACUGUGAUUUGCGAGUACUUGAUGGACGCCUCAGCUUAACUCAAGUCAAGUCUAAUAAAAUCAAGAUAUGGGUGAUGAAAGAGUACGGGGUAGUGUCAUCAUGGACGAAGUUUAUUUCAGUGUAUCGAGAAUCGAUAUGGGAUGAUCUUAAAUACAUCAUUAAGCCAUUAUGCUUCACCAAAGAUGGUGAACUUAUUGCAGCAAGUAGUCACGGAGGAUUAUCAAGAUGGGCUAAAAAUGGAAGAUUGUUAGAACAUCGCCGUUAUUUCAACCCAGAAGAAAGUUAUUCAUGUUCCUAUCAUUCAUGCUCUUGUUGGGUAUCUUCAACUGCAUACUGUGAAUCUUUGUUUUCAAUGUAGAAGUAGUUAUUUUUAUUAUUUUUUUUGGACAUUUUCUUAUGUACAUCCAGA